AUGGAGGGUACAUACACCAGUACAGAUGUAUACAGCCAUAACCAUACACGCAAGGACUAUCUGUAUGCUAAUGCAGAGAGCUACUACAUACACAGAGUGGGCUGCAUACCCGUGGCAUUGCUGGGUAUCGUGGGUAACCUGGUGUCCCUCGUCGUGUGGAACUCACAGACCACGUACAGCGCCACCAUCUUCCUGUUCAAGUACCUGGCCGUGUGGGACACCGCAUUCCUGGUGUCGGUCAUCCCCGUCAUAUUUCUGUCACGCUCUCGUCUGUCCCACAAUGCAUUGUUUGCAGUGACAUUUUUGUCAACACUUGCCAGGCUGGAGUCAGUGCACACCACCCUGCUCAUUGCCAUCACCCGAUGGCUAGCGGUGUACCGACCUGUCCACGUGCACACCGGAAGUCUGUUAACACGACGUCACGUGGUGCUGGCCUGUCUGGUCGUCUCGGUCUGGUGCCUGGCGAUGCUCUCAGUCGUCCUGGCAGCUAAACUUGCUUCAGAAUUCGCUAAGUCAUGGCUACGAGUGCUUAUCUUCGUCGAAAUCGUCAAUGUUGCUGUUUCUGUUCUUCCACUGAUCGUUUUCAACAUUCUCACAACAAAAAAGAUUUGCUCUCACUUUUCCUGGACACCAACAUCGUCGUCAGGACCACAGCCUGCGACAUCCAGGACCAGCAACCAGCGCCUGACGAUGGCCAGCGUGUGGAUGAGUGUCUUCACUGUGGCGGCCUACACCCUCGGCCUGACUGUCACCUACAUUUCUGUGUUUCUUCUCUUGAAAAAAAACCGAAAGCUUUUCAUCAUUUUCUCAUCUGUGUCCGACCUGCUAGAAGUGUUCAACUCCAGUGUCAACAUCAUCUUCUAUUUGACACUCUCUCGCACCUUUCGCAGUUCCUUCAAAAAACAUUUUAUUGGCAGAGGCCGUGCAGUCGGCGCUGGCUGA